AAACCAUGAAUCUCUCCUUCUUCCUCUCGUCUCUUCCUCAAUUCUUCUGACUCUUUGGCCUUGCAGCUUAGUCUGAAGAAAACCCAUUACUCGUUUCUUCUGUUCAAGUGAUAUAACGAGUAAUGGAUUUCCAGUCACAGGAACUAAUUGCAACACUUAAUGCUGAGAAUGAACGUAUGGAAAUAAAAGAGGAGGUUGAUGAAGAAACUCAAGUACUAGUACAAAGUGAGAGUCAACCAAAUCAAACUAUCUUUGAUUCGGCUGUCGAAGAACCUCAAGUACUACUAGAAAGUGAGAUUCAACCGGAUCAAACUAUCUUUGAUUCCAACCAACGCUUAAAAUCUGAUGUCUGGAAAGAGUUUGUAUCAGUGGGAGUUGGGGAAGAUGGCAAAAAGAGGGGUAGUUGCAUCCACUGUAGUAGGACUUACAUAAUAGAAAGGCUUUAUGGAACAUCACAUUUGAGGCGCCAUCUACUGUAUUGUCCAUUGAGGCCUGAAAGUAACAGUGGAGGCAAUGAUGAACAAAACAGACACAGACAUAAAUCUACUCACGUGAAGAGCACCUCAGUUUGCGAAUCCCCCUGCGACAGAGAAGAAGUGAGCAACAAUGUCUCGAUAAUGAUACAACCUAGUUCCACAUCAGAGGGCGAGACACGCUCAGGGAUGCUGCUAGGUCUGGAUAUUCUUGAUUGUCCCAUUUGCUCCCAGGCACUGACGAUUCCUAUCUUUCAGUGUGAUAAUGGGCACUUGGCUUGCUCCUCUUGCUGUCCUCAACUGAGUAAUAAGUGCCAUACAUGUGAUUCACCGGUUGGCCACAAACGUUGCAGCGCGAUGGAGAGUGUUCUCGAAUCAGUCUUUGUCCCAUGCCGAAAUGCUACGUUUGGAUGCACCAAAAAUGAGUCUUAUGGUAAAAAAUCAAUUCAUGAAAAGGUAUGCAGUUUCUCUCAAUGUGCCUGCCCUGCACCGGACUGCUAUUUCACUGGACCAUACAAUGACAUCUACAAUCACUUUGUUGAUAUCCACUGUCACGAAUCCAAAUCUCUGUCCUUUGAAUCCGGUGGUUCAGUAGAUGUUCAGAUGAACAUAGCUACAGAUAAGAUUCUUUUUCUUAUGGAAUCAAAGAAGAGACUACUGUUUGCACUGCAAUGCUUCAAUGAGCCGCAUGGUGUGCAUGUGGCUAUUAGAUGCAUUGCACCAUCUGCUCCAGAACUAGGGAAGCUCUCAUAUUGUCUCUACUACUCAAUGGAUGGACACACUCUUACUUAUAAGUCACCAGAAGUGAAGAUGGUUCUUGAACUGAGCUCUGAAACCCCUCAAGACAAUUUUUUGUUUGUUCCUCACUCUUUAUUGAGUGGUGAAUCGUUGAAGAUGAAGAUUAUUAUUCUCUCUCAGUAGGUUCUUUCCAUUUUUUUCUAUUGAAGAUCUAGCUAUAUCAGUCUAUGUACUAUGUUUGUUCUGAUCUGGCCUAAUGAAUAUAAACUAAAUCAGAUCUAAACGUUAUAUUUUCUUUGG